CCUGCCACUCCUCAGACUGACGAUGGCUGAAGCCCCGCUGUUUGUUUCACAGGACGAGUUCACCUGCUCGGUUUGUCUGGACACCCUGACUGACCCCGUGUCACUGCAUUGUGGGCACAGUUUCUGUCUGAACUGCCUCACAAACUUCUGGGAUCAGAGUCAAGUGUGCAGAUGUCCUCAUUGCAGACACAUCUUCAUCCUGAGGCCUGAACUGCACAUAAACACCGUGCUGAAUGAAAUCGUCAAGAGAUUCAAGAACAUGGGUGUCAAGCCUUCUCCUUCUCCUCCUCCUCCAUCUCCUCGUCCGGCUCCUCCAUCUCAGAAUUAUGCCGGCCCUGGAGACGUGGAGUGUGACGUCUGUACUGGGAAGAAGUUCAGAGCCGUGAAGUCCUGUCUCACCUGCAUGGCCUCCUUCUGUCCGACUCAUCUUCAGCCUCACUAUGAAGGAGCGGCCUGGAAGGCACACAAGCUGGUUGAUCCUGAUAGAAAUCUACAGGAGAAACUCUGUGGGAAACAUCGGAAUUGUCUGGAACUAUUUUGUAAAACUGAUGAGAUGUGUAUCUGCGUGUUGUGUGUGGCGACUGGACAUAGAAAUCAUGAAACAGUAGAGCUGGAGACGGAAAGAGAAGAAAAAGAGAAACAGCUGGGGGUGACACGGAAUGAAAUCAGGAGGAGACUUCAGGAGAAGGAGAAGACACUGGAGGAGACGAAGAAGGCGAUGAAGAAGAUGCAGAUCUCUUUGGGAAGACAAGUAGAUGAAAAUGACAAGAGCUUCGCUGAUUUCAUUCGCUGCAUUGAGGAAGCCCACAAGAAACUGAAAGAGAAGAUCAGAGAACAAGAGAAGAGAGAAACAGAGAAAGCUGAAGGAGUCAUGGAGCAACUGGAGAAAGAGAUCAAAGAGCUGAAAAGAAGAGACGCUGAGCUGAAGGGGCUUUCAGGGACCAAGGACCACGUCCACUUCCUGCAGACUUUCUCAUCUCUCUGUGUCCUACCUGAAGAUGGGGACUCGCUCAGCUACACGGCCACCGCUGAUUUCUCUUCUGAGUACCUGCAAAAGGAACUGUCCAGUCUGAAGAAGAGUCUGGAGAAGAUCAGCCAGUGGAACAUCACAACAUUUACUCCAUCAGGUUCAGAUUGUGAAGCUCCAACUUUCAGCCUACGACCUCCUGAACUUAAAGGCAGAGAGGAGUUUUUACAAUACUUCUGUCCACUCACACUGGACAUGAACACGGCACACAAACUCCUCCAUCUGUCUGAAAAGAACAAGAAGGUGACAUGUAUGAGGACAGAGGCCAGUUACCCUGAUCAUCCUGACAGAUUUGACUACUGGACCCAAGUUCUGUGCAGAGAAGCUCUGACUGGGACUCGCUGCUACUGGGAGGUGGAGUGGAAUGGAUACUUGAUGGGGAUAGGAGUCACAUAUAAAGGACUGAGCAGGAAAGGAAGGGGCAAAAAGUGCAGCCUUGGAAACAACAACAUGUCGUGGAGUUUGUGGUGGUCUGAACACCGAUACAUGGUAUAUCACAAUGACAAAGAGACUGCAAUCAGGGCCCCCUACAGCCCCAGAGUAGGUGUGUAUCUAGACCGGCCUGCUGGCUCUCUGUCAUUUUAUAGCAUCUCUCCCACAAUGACCCUCCUGCACAGGUUCAACACCUCCUUCACUGAGCCCCUCUAUCCAGGGUUUUGGCUUAGUUGUAAUUCCACUGUAUCAAUCUGCCAACUGAUGCCAUCUGAAUACUAACCAGUGACCCCCACCAGUCAGUGUAGGUCCUCUUUGAGUUUGUAGUUUCGUUUCAAAUAAAUUUCACAUGAUGGGUUGGGGUGGCAUUAAGCUUCAUAGAGCCUGCUGAGUUAAAAAGAAGAGAUGAAAGUGAAAAAAGAGUUAGGGGUGAGGGUGAUAGGGGAGAAUUUUAGAGGGAUAAAGGGUGACAUGAAUAACCCGGAGAGACAGAAUGAGUCAAGUGGGUGCACCACUCGUGUGGCUGUGCUGUUGUACUGUAACAUGACUUAAAUAAGUAAACUGCGUUUGGCUCUUCCUGU